UGUUUGUUCUAUAAUCGUUAUUAUAGAAGGACAACCCAAUGUAUUCAUUACCAAUUUUCAAAUUCAUUACCAAAUGCUCGUGUCUGUGUGAAACAGUCCCAAACGGUGUCGAAAUUCCGGCAAAACAAGUUCCCCCUCAGUCGUGUUCUUACUUGAAAGCAACAUAGUCGUGCAUUGUCUCGCUUGUCGCAAUUUAUGAGUAUGGUGAAAGUAAAGCUUUAUACUCUCCACUUGAGCCCCCCAUGCCGGGCGGUGGAAUUAACUGCCAAAGCUCUUGGAAUCGAGCUGGAUCAACAAGUGGUAAACCUUUUAGCGGGUGAGCAUCUCACGCCGGAAUAUUUGAAGAUGAAUCCGCAACACACAAUCCCAGUGCUAGAUGAUAACGGAACAAUCAUUUCUGAAAGUCAUGCCAUUAUGAUAUACCUGGUGUCAAAGUAUGGAAAAGACGAUAGUCUGUACCCGAAAGAAUUGGUCAAACAGGCAAAAGUAAAUGCAGCUCUCCAUUUCGAGUCUGGUGUGCUGUUCGCUCGUAUGAGAUUUACAUUUGAACCGAUCCUAUUCCGCGGUGGUUCUGAAAUUCCCACCGAGAAGAAGGAAUACAUCCUAAAGGCCUACCAACUGUUGGAGGAUACCCUGGUGGAUGACUACGUCGCAGGAAACUCCUUAACUAUUGCCGAUUUUAGUUGUGUUUCGUCUUUUGCGUCCAUAAUGGGGGUCAUUCCGGUGGACAAAUCGAAAUACCCAAAAAUAUAUGACUGGUUGGAACGUCUGAAAAAAUUACCCUAUUACGAAGAGGCUAACGGCAGUGGAGCAGAUGAACUGUCCAAAUUUGUUCUCAGUAGCUUGGAGAAGAAUUCAGUUAAAGCCUAACAGUGGGCUAGUUUGGAGGAUUUUAAGUUUUUAGGAUUGGCGUGCAAUCGCUAUUUUCGAAAUUCAACUUUUGUUAAAACGUGUUAUAUCAAACAUAAUAAUUUCGUCAAUGAAUUUUUUUUAAUCGUAUGUUUAAUUGCUAAAUAAAGUCAUAUAAUGGCAGAUGCUUCCAAAACAUUAAAUGAUCUCGAUUGUGCUUCUUGGUUGAAAACGGUAGAGAAACACGAUUUGUCUAUCAAUUGGUUCUUAAAAUUGUUCAUAUAAAAAAUCAGUGGUAUUUGCUAAAUAGUAAUAACUGGUAUAUUGUUAUUUCCAAAAUCAAAUGACUAUUUCUUAAACUCCACUUUUACUUGUACCACAGAUAACAAACACUUCAUAUUCGAAAUAAAAACACCUGAAACUGUACCGUAGCGAGAUAUGUAGAGAUACUUUUGAUAGACCCCUUAAAACAGUUUUUCUAAAUGUAACUUUUAACGAUUAUUUUUUAAAUUAAAAGGGGCGUAUACAAAGUGGUUUAGAGCGAUGAUAGUUGUGACACUUCAGUUAUUAUUAAACCUGUAAACCAAAAUAUUUUCAUUCAGAUUCGCUAUCGGACGAAUCGUCAAUAUUUAUAUUAGCUAGUAGGGAUCUCGCGUUUUCUGAAAAUGAAUUAUGAACAACCAGUGCAGUAGAUCUAAAUUUGCGAUCUGCCGAGAAAACUUUCCCGUGUGAUGUUUUCUAUACCUGCAGAGUACACAACAGUUUCCAAAAUGUCAGUUACUCAAUUUAAUCGAUAUGUACCUCUUCCAUUAUUUAUUUUUGGCCUCUUGUGCCUUUCCUGAUAGUGGUCCAAUCGGCAAUAAAAAUACUCCA